CCUGCGGAGAGAGGCGGGGCCAGAAUCACCGGGAGCGCUCCUCCAUUGGUUGGUCGAGCGCCCGGAGCUCGGGUCCUUGGAUUCCAAUCUUCACCUCACAGCUAACAAAGGGGGUCCAUUUUACAGAGAGGAAAACUGAGGGCCUGGGUGGCUCAGCUUUUAGUGUCAGGAGCUGGGCAUCACAUACAGCAGACGGAGAAAGUAAGAGAGAUGAAACAGCAGACCAAAGAACGUGGGCUUCCACAUGAAGCCCCUUUGCCCUUCGGGGCGGGGGGUGGGGGUCCGCAGCCUCAGUGCCCGCAGCUGGCGAUGGGCUGAUCCGUGUGUAUCCCCGAAAACCCGACCCAACCAAGAGACCGAGAGGGAUGAGGUGGAGCAAAACACCACGGACGACGGAAUUACCAUGGGUACGGGCGUGGGGGGAGGAGAGGGGGAUUUGUGUCCCCAUCUUAUUCACUCGGAUAUGUGGAUGCCUGGGAUUUUCGGGACUGUUAACGGAGAGUAUCCAAAGUCGUCGCCUCCCCCAUUUUGCAGAUGGUAAAACUGAGGCUCAAAGCAAAGGAAGUGAUCUGUCCAGGGCCACACGGCUAGAGGGGCAGGCGGAUGCAAAACUCGAACUAAAGCAAGCCCAAGGCAAGGUCGCACCCACCCUCUCAAGACUACUCCCCGCCUACUUCCAGCUAGGACAGAGACUACGACUCUGAGCAACCGAGAAUUAUAGUUCUGAGGUCGCUGGGGAGGCCGGCCACGUCGCUUUCCCGUGGGAGGGGAGGGGGCGCGGGCUUCCCAGUCGCCCUGGAGACCAGCCCCCACCCACCCGCUCGCCAGCAGCUCAGGGAUGCCCCAGAUCGCCUUAUUAGGGCAUGAGCCGGGAGGGGGCGGGGCCAGGGAGAGCACCCGUUCAUCGCGCCUUAUAUGGAAACUGAGCCUUAUAUGGAAACUGCGGGGAGGGCAGACAGGGUAGCUAGUGCUCCGGGGAAGCCCGGCUUGGGUGCAGCAGGCCUGGCCGCGGAGUUCUGUGCCUGCCGCGGGUCACUGCAUUGAAUGCAAGGCUCUGAGUCCGGCGGACUUAACAAGACUCGUGCCCUCCUCUCUCUAGCUCCCUCUGCGUACUCCCCGCCCAGGUUCUAGGCCCCUUUGUGAAUUCUCUGAGCUCUAGUCCCCUCUGGACAUCCCCCGGGCUCUAUCCAGGCCCUCUGCGAAUCUCCCGGGUUCUGUCCAGUCCCUCUGCGAAUCUCCCGGGUUCUAUCCAGUCCCCUCUGGAUGUCUCCCGGGCUUCUAUCUAGUCCCUCUGGACAUCUCUCGGGCUCUAUCCAGUCCCUCUGCGGGAUGUCGCAGACUCUAUCUAGUUCCUCUGAGAAUCUCCCGGGCUCUAUCCAGUCCCCUCUGGACGUCCUCCGUGCUCUAGCCAGUCCCUUUUGCAGAUUGCCCUGGUCUCCAGUCCCCUUUGUGAAUUCUCCAGGCUUUAUCGGCUGAACUCCAGUCCCCUCCUCCGCUCCUCUAGGUUCAACCCUCUGCAACGCCCCCCGGAGGCUCCCACCCUCCCUGCGGGUGCUCUGGCCUCCAGUCCUCUCUGCACGCCCCCCGGAGGCUCCCAACCCUCCCUGCAGGUGCCCAGACCGAUCCUGCUCAGUGUACAUUCAUUGCAACAGAAGCAAAAAUGCGGAAAGGGUGGAGCCUCGACUCUCGAGUGCCCCGAUAGGGAGAGCCCAAAUCCUGAGAGCCGUAGGGGCGGUGGGGAGCGCGGCGAGGAGCUCAGCGUUCAGAAGGAACCAUUCGUGGCCUGGGGGGGGGGGUGACGUCUGCACCCUCAACCCCCGCGAAGCCGGGGAGCCGCGGAGGGGCCUCGGGUCACGUGGGCCGCGGGGAGGGAAGCGAAGCCCCGCCCCCACCCGGACGUUCGGAGCGCGGCUCGAGUCUGAGUUGGGGGCAGCCGGGGCCGGGCUGGACCAUGGCCGCGCCCCGCCUGGGCCGGAAGCGGCCACUGCCCGCCUGCCCCAACCCGCUCUUCGUGCGCUGGCUCCGCGAGUGGCGGGACGAGGCGGCCGGCCGGGGCCAGCGGACGCGCUUCGUCUACCAGAAGGCCUUGCGCUCCCUGCUGCGCUACCCCCUGCCCCUGAGAAGCGGGAAGGAAGCCAAGAUUCUCCAGCACUUUGGGGAUGCGCUGUGCCGGAUGCUGGACCAGCGCCUGGAACAGCACCGGGCCGAGGGCGGCCGUGACCCUGGACCAGGUGAGCUGCCCAUUUCUGAGCUUCCACGAAGAGAGUUGAGCAGACCCCCAGAGGAUGCAGUCCCUUCUCAGUUGGGGCCGAGUCGGCCCAAGACUGGUGGCCACAGCAGCUACAGGCCCCCCCGACACUCCGCCGCUCGAGCUCUGCUGCUGAUUCUCUACAGGGAGCAGCUGGAUCCCAGCAGCCUAGGGUCCCUGACCAAGGAGGAGUUACUGAAGAGGUGUGAGCAGGAAGCCCCCAGGGUGGCCCUCAACAACAGCAGCCAGCCCUGGCCGGCCCUGCGCUCCCUCCUUCAUAGAAACCUCAUCCAGAGGACCCAGCGGCCAGCCAGGUACUCACUAACGCCCGAGGGGCUGGAGCUGUCCCAGAAGCUGGCAGAAGCUGAAGGGCUGGGAGCACCCCCUGCCAGUCUGCAGCUGAGACCCAGCCAGCUCCCUGGAAGGGAGGUAGAGGAGGGGCCCCAAGAAGCCAUGGCUCAGCUAGGCAGCACCAGGACCCAGGCUUCAGAGCCGCCCCUCGAACUGGGGCCAGGCCAGUACAGGAUCCUCUUGGGGAGCCACCGACCAGAGAUUCUGAGAGAGCUGCAGCGCUUGGGGGUCCCCCAUGAUGUCCGGAAGCUGCAUGUUGGGGACUUUGUUUGGGUGGCUCAGGAGACAAGGCCAAGAGAGCCGACCCGGCCUGUCGAGCUCGUCCUGGACCAUGUGGUCGAGAGGAAGCGUCUGGAUGACCUGUGUGGCAGCAUCAUCGAUGGGCGCUUUCGAGAGCAGAAGUUCCGCCUCAAACGCUGUGGCCUCAGCCACAGGGUGUACCUGGUGGAGGAUCAUGGCUCUUCCCACAGCCUCAGCCUCCCCGAGAGUACCCUGCUGCAGGCCGUCACCAACACUCAGGUGAUCGACGGCUUCUUCGUGAAACGCACGUCGGAUCUGAAGGAGUCCACUGCCUAUCUGGCUCUCCUCACCCGAGCUCUGCAGAGACUCUAUGAGGGUCAGAUUCUACGGCGCCGAACCUGGGGGGACGAGAGAGACCCUGGGGCCAGGAACCCACCCUGUUCCCUUUUCACCUUCAGUGAUUUCAACGAAGGGGCCAUGAAAAACAAGGCCCAGUCGGUGAGAGAGGUGUUUGCCAGGCAGCUGAUGCAGGUGCGGGGGGUGAGCGGGGAGAAGGCCGCUGCCCUGCUGGAGAAGUAUAGCACCCCUGCCAGCCUCCUGGCUGCCUAUGAUGCCUGCAGCAGUCCCCAAGAACAAGAGAAACUGCUGAGUUCUAUCAAGUGUGGGCGCCUACAGAGGAACCUGGGCCCAGCCCUGAGCCGAACCCUGUGCCAGCUCUAUUGUACCCCUGGGCCACUGCCCUGAGCCCAGCCCAGAGCAGACACAGCGCAUGGCCCAGGGGUGGGGGGUGAGGGGUGGGGAAUUGGACAAGAAAUGUUCUGGAUCUAAUAAAAGUCUGAGACUCUCCGCAGGGGGUGAGUAAUCACUGACUGGAGCCUUGGAGUUGGCCCCUGGAGAACCACAGUGAUGAGGCGCUUUGCCCCCUUUGAAGGGCUCUGUCAGUCAAUGUUGGCUCUCAAGAUGCACAGGGUACCAGGGAGCAGUGGAAGUGGGGCACGCCUGGACUUGGCCCAGUGCCUGGGGGCAGCUGAGGAGGGUCAGGCAAGGACCUUCCCUAAGGCGGUUCUGGCAAAGAAACUGAGGCUCAGCCAGGAAAGGGCCUCUCCCCCUUCAAUGAGGGGCAAACCUGGGCUUUUCUGAGCCUGCCUCGCAGCCUCUUCCCCACCCUACAGAAGAACCCCAGGACUAGGAACGGAGGGCCUAUUACCAGCUUAUGUGACCCUGGACAAGUCUGAUCAUCCAGACAGGGUCUGUUUUCUCUUUCCCCACCAUGGCAGCCCCACACCCAUCAGUCCCAUAAGAUUUUUCUCUUUUUAUUGAUUUUUCUCUAU